UGAGUAGCACUAUCCGCCCUAACCUAAACUGUUGGCAACUUGACAUCCCUAACUUUAAACAAGGGUGACUAUUUGGUCCAGGAUUUUUGAUUUUACUCAAAACCGGACCGUAUAAAUCGGACCGAGAUCGAAUCGGGACCGGACUCAUGUCAUUCAAAUCCCCACAAGGUCAAUCUAAAAUCAAAACUGAAUUGGGAGCAGACCGAGUCAAGACCAAACUCAAUCCAAUCAAAUCCAAUCAAAUAUUUAGUCAUUAUAUUCUCGAAAAUACCAGACCAAAACUAAAUCAAUUUGAACUAAUUUAACCGGAUCGGACCGUAUAGUAGGGAUGGCAAUGGGUCGGGUUAGUGCGGGUUUUGUCAAACCCAAACCCAAACCCAUGAGUUUAUCAGCCAAAAAAACUCGGGGUAAAACCCGUUGGGUUUGAAAAACUCAAACCCAACCCGCUGGGUAUCCGCGGUUUCAUGGGUACCCGUGGGUUUUUGUGAUAAAAUAUUUACAAUAACAAGUAUCUUGCAAAAUAAAAGUUUAGCAUCAAUUUUCUCAUACAAAUUAAUCAUACAAAAAACAUCAAUCUAGAGCAUACAAGCAAACCGCAAAUGAUCAAUACAAAUUGUUUAAAAUUAAAGAUAAACAUCUAUAAACAAUCAUAUUAAUUGAAAGGUUCUUCCUCGUCAACUAAUUUCUUCACUCUUCACUUCUAAUAUCAACUUCAUUCUAAAUAAUUAGAAAGAACAAAUUAUACAUGUCUCCAAAGACAUAAAGAAUAUUAGUUGUUUAAGGAAGAUAUAUUAUUUAUAAUAUUAAAUAAACGGGAAAAUAAUUAUAUGUGUGUGGGCGGGUACCCAUGAGGCGGGUUUACCUAAACCCAAAUCCAACCCGACCCAAUGAAUAGUGUAGCAGGUUUAAACCCGAACCCGACCCAAAACCCAUCAACACGGAUUUUACCCGCAUUAACCAGGUUGGGUCAGAUGGAUACCCGUGGGUUCGGGUAUUGUUGCCAUCCCUACCGUAUAGUCACCACUAACUUUAAACCUCAGUUGCAUUUAACAAUGAAACUUCAUCAUAACAAGCAACGAAUAAAAAAAAAAGUCUUUACCAAAAUAAAAAAGAAAAAAAAAAGUGUGAAGGAGGAGGGCCAGGAUGGUCACUUGACUCACUUCCCCUCACUUUUGUCGUUCUUCUUCAUCGCAUAACCCAAUCCAGCAACUUGCCUCCCUUCCAUUAACGUGUUACUUACUCACCACCAACCGCGGCGGCAGCAGCAGCGUCUCAAACAAAUAAACCAAACCCACUCUUCCUUCCAUCAACAACAAACAAAGCCAAAACAAAUUAAUCACACCUCUCUCUCUUUCUCUCUCUCUCUCUCUCUCUGAAAGAACCCAACAACAGAUUCCAGUUCCAGUAUUCAUUCAAUCCCUCAUCCCACCUGAAAAACCUAGCAACAAAACCACCUCCAUUUCUCGCCGGCAACAAAACCCACCAUGUGUGGCGGUGCUAUCAUCUCCGACUUCAUACCUCCCACCGUUGGCGGUGGCCGCUCCUUCUCCAGGAAGCUCACCGCCGACUUCCUCUGGCCCGAUCUCAAGUCCAAGUCAGUCAACAGCCGCAAGCCCUACUCCAAGCCCGUCGUCAUAGAUCUCGAGGAAGAUUUCGAGGCCGGUUUCCAGGGAUUCAAGGACGAUUCCGAUGUCGAUGAGGUCGACUGUGAUGUUGAUGUAUUUGCCGACGUCAAGCCCUUUGCUUUCUCUGCCGCACCUCCUCCCCCACCUCGUAACUCCGCCGAUUCGCGCGGUUCUGCAGCUGUGAAAUCUGCGGAAUUCAGUGGACAGGCUGAGAGAUCUGCAAAGAGAAAGAGGAAAAACAAGUUCAGGGGGAUCAGACAGCGUCCUUGGGGGAAAUGGGCUGCAGAGAUUCGUGAUCCCAGGAAAGGAGUUCGUGUCUGGCUAGGAACAUUCAACACUGCUGAAGAAGCUGCCAGAGCUUAUGAUGCUGAGGCUCGUAGAAUCCGCGGCAAGAAAGCUAAGGUGAACUUCCCCGAUGAAGCUGCUCCACGUGCUGCUACACCUAAGCUCUCCACAAAGACCAAAGCUCAGAAACCAGUUCCCAAGGCAACCCCGAAAUCAGAUGCCAUUUACUCGGACUAUGCUGAGCAAGAGUUCUUCAACUCUAUGAGCUAUGUGGAAGAGAAACCAUCUCUGAACCAGCUCGGGAUGAUGAACACCUUGCCCUCAAAUGGAGAUGCUGGAGUAAACUCUACUGUUGAUGCUAGUGCUCCUAUGUACUUCAGUUCCGAUCAAGGGAGCAAUUCUUUCGAUCUUUCUGAUUUUGGAUGGGCAGAACAGGACGGUCCAAGGACACCCGAGAUCUCGUCUGUGUUUCUAGCUGGGCCUGAAUUCAAUGAAUCUGCAUUCGGAGAGGAGGAUGCUAAUCCCAGCAAGAAACAGAAGUGCAACAACUCUGGUGGUGCUGAUAUCCCUCCCCAAGAGGAGAACAAUGGGAAGUCAUCUGAGGGAGAGGAGCUGUUUGGGUUUGAUAAGUAUCUUCAGAUGCCGUAUAUGGAAGGAGGCUGGGAGGCUUCCCUUGAGAAUAUACUUAAUGGAGACAACAUUACUACAACAACAACGCAGGAUGACGGGAACACAAUGGGCAUGUGGAGCUUUGAUGACCUCUCCAACAUGGUUGGAGGAGCUUAUUGAGAAGGGACAUUCUGCUCCGCUGUUGUAAAUAAAGACUACCAUGUUGUAAGUUAUUAAGCAUCUUGUUAUAAUCAAAUGAUUGGUUCCCGCAACUAAUAGGUGCUUUUAUGUAUUCACGAUGUCGAUUUCUGUUUGUAAUGUGAGAUUUUUGUUUACUUGCAGUGGAGUUUGAAUGGGAGGUGAAAGAAGGAAAGAAGUCACCAAGUCAGGUUGGACAUGCAUAAGGCAAAUGUAAGAGCAGGAGUCCGUUUUGUUUCGUAUCGAGGAGCUUUUUGUGUAAGAGUACUGUAGUAAAUAGAUAACUACUGAUGUUGUUUUGCUAAGCUAUAUUCUAGAAAGGAAGACAUAAUAUCUGGAGACAUUUUUAUGGGCGUUGAAUAUGAUCCGAGUGUAAUUUGACUGCUAUGUGCAUGUGGUGUUGGAAAGGUUGAGAAGAAGCAUUGUGAAGCUUCUGAACCUUUUUCUCCCCCCCAUAAUGUCUGACUAGCUCUUUCUGUUGUUCCAGAACGUGGUAAAUGAAAUGCUGCUUUCAUUAUCCCGAGUGAGAAAUGUCUUUGCUACAACUGUAACGAGAUGAGAAAGGCCAAUUCAAACUUUUGUGUUUGGUUUGAACUUUGAAGGAGGGAGGCUGGAGGUGAAUGUUGAAAUGGGGAAGGAAGUAUAGUAAAAAGCACGUGGAGCAAGAGAGUGAAGAAAGGAGGAAAGGUGGUUUCGAGACUGGGAAAAUCGGGUUUGGUACAUUGCAAGAGGGCCGGUUGAAGAAGCUGGUGGUAAAAAAGAUGAAUGGAUGAG